GGCCGUUGCCUUUCUUGAUCGUAUUUCCGUAUCCUCUUCUAUAUAUAUAUACAUAUUAUAUUUUUUAAUAUGGAAUAUUGUAUGCCAUGCCGAAUAUGAAUGACAAUUCAGAGGAGAAGCCCUUCUUCAAUGAUUGGUUGUAUGCGGAAUCACGCUCCCAAAAUAGGAUAUCCAGGCAGGCCCUACAGUUUUACCAGACGAACUACGGGUUUAAACAACCAUUGAAUGUAAUGUGUUCUUCAAGGUUUCUACAAAAAUGGCGGUCUGCUGGAGAGAUUGAACAGCGUCUUUCAAGUGUUCUUGCAGAGAAAGCCGUCAUCUGGGCUUCGAAUUGCAUCGUCCAGGAGUUGGGCGGAGGAGGGUAUGAUGGCCUGAAAGUCUACAGCUGUGAUCACCAAUCAUCGAUGUCUGGGAAAUCUUGUAUAUCUCAAAUUGCAAAGCAGCAGAGCAGCAAACUUGUAUUUGCCACCGAUAAUCUGUACUUUAGCAAGAAACUGCUCAAGCUUGCCGGUGUUCCCGUUCUUCUGUUGAAGAAUACCGUUCUGAUGUUGAUGAAACCAUCCCGGGCACAGCGCCAGUUCGCGAAGGCUGAGGCUGAGGCACAGAAGGCUGAGGCUGAGGAGUUUGCCAAGCAAAGGAAAAGGAAGGCUGGGAAGGCUGAGGCUGAGGAGUUCGGGAAGCAAAGGAAAAGGAAGGCUGGGAAGGCUGAGGCUGAGGAGUUCGCUAAGCAAAGGAAAAGGAAAUCCCAUUAGUUAAAUGGAUUUUGCGAAUUACAGACUCUUGUACAUAAGAAGUCGUUACCUCCUUUGAAAACUUGUUUGUCUUGUUGAAGUUCUUCAUUUCUCUACACAGUACAUAAUAAAAGAAACCUUUUUUGGAGCUUU